CAUUUGAAGACGCUAGCAUUUUAUUUUAAUAAUGUUUUAAAAUAACCCAAAUAUAUAAAAAAAUUGGUAAACAGAGAUCAAGAACUAUUUACACAAAGUUACAUAACUAAUAUGUACAUAUAUGAUAUAAAACUGAAUAAAUAGUAGGACUUCCACGUAAUAUUUUUUAAAGGAAGUUUACAUUUUUAUAUAACAAUGGGUGUACCAGCAUUCUUUCGUUGGCUAAGCCGAAAAUAUCCUAGCGUUAUAGUAGAAUGUGUUGAAGAAAAGCAUGUUGAUGACCAGGGCAAAAUUACACCCGCAAAUAGUUCGUUGCCAAAUCCAAACGGUGUUGAAUUUGACAAUUUAUACCUUGACAUGAAUGGGAUUAUUCAUCCUUGUACACAUCCUGAAAAUAAACCAGCACCAAAAAAUGAAGAUGAAAUGAUGGUUGCUAUUUUUGAAUGCAUUGAUAGGUUAUUUGGCAUAGUGAGACCUAGAAAAUUAUUAUACAUGGCGAUUGAUGGUGUAGCACCUAGGGCUAAAAUGAAUCAACAACGAUCCCGUCGUUUUCGAGCUUCCAAAGAAACAACAGAGAAGAUGAUGGAAAUGAAGCGUAUUAAAGAUGAAUUGAGAAGUAGGGGAGCAGCCUUACCACCAGAGAAACCUAAAGAAGAACAUUUUGAUUCAAAUUGUAUCACACCUGGCACUCCAUUCAUGGAUCGUCUGAGCAAAUGCCUGCAUUACUAUAUUCAUUCAAGAUUUCAAAGUGAUCCAGGGUGGAAAGGUAUUAAAGUCAUCUUGUCAGAUGCCAAUUCUCCAGGGGAGGGAGAGCAUAAAAUAAUGGAUUUUAUUCGAAAACAAAGAGCUCAACCUGAUCAUGAUCCUAAUACCAGUCAUGUUCUUUGUGGUGCAGAUGCCGACUUAAUAAUGUUGGGACUUGCAACACAUGAACCAAACUUCACCAUAAUCAGAGAGGAAUUUAAACCAAAUCAAGCUCGCCCAUGUGAUAUAUGUGGUCAAAUAGGUCAUGAGAUGAAAGAUUGCACUGGCCUAGAAGUACAAGACAUAUCUUCUGAUCAACCAAAAUUUUCUGCAGAACCACAGUUCAUAUUUGUUAGAUUGAAUAUUUUAAGAGAAUAUUUACAGAAAGAAUUGGAAAUGCCAAACUUACCUUUUAAAUAUGAUUUUGAAAGAGCUAUUGAUGACUGGGUCUUUAUGUGCUUUUUUGUUGGCAAUGAUUUUCUACCACAUUUGCCUAGUUUAGAAAUUAGAGAAAAUGCUAUAGAUAGGUUAGUAAAUCUCUAUAAAAAAUGUGUUUAUAAAACUGGAGGUUUUAUAACAGAUUCAGGAGAUGUCAACUUAAGUAGGGUUCAAAUGAUUCUACAUGAUUUAGGAUUGGCUGAAGAUGAAAUCUUCAAGAAAAGACAACAAACUGAGCUGAAUUUCAAGGCUCGCGACAAAGCCCGUAAGCAACGUGAAAGAAAUCAAUUUAAUCAUAAUAGACCGAAUUUUAACUUGUUAAAUAAUACUCCUAUGCAGCCAAUGGCUGUAGGUAAGGAUUCUGGUCAUACAGUUCAUAAUGCUCGGAAAGUGGCUUAUGAUAUGAGAGUGGCUGGAAUGCUUUCUCAAAAUAAAUCUUCUACAACAAAUGCGCCUCUUGAAAGUAUGAUACAUCUGGAUGGCAAGCAACCUCAGCAAAGUAAAGAUAAGGAAGAUGAUGAUGAAUCAGAACCGAAUGAUGAAGUCAGAUUGUGGGAGGAUGGAUUUAAGGACAGAUAUUAUGAAUCAAAGUUUGAUGUGGGUCCUGAUGAUUUAGAGUUUCGAAACAAUGUUGCACUUCAGUAUGUACGAGGAUUAUGUUGGGUACUGAGGUAUUAUUACCAAGGUUGUGCUUCUUGGAAAUGGUAUUUUCCUUAUCACUAUGCGCCUUUUGCAUCUGAUUUCAUUAACAUAGAUGGUCUGUCAACUGAAUUCGAAACUGGCACAAAACCUUUUAAGCCAUUAGAACAGCUAAUGAGUGUGUUUCCAGCUGCUUCAAGUAUUCAUGUACCAGAGCCAUGGGCUAUUUUAAUGAGUGAUCCCUAUUCACCGAUUAUUGAUUUUUAUCCAGUCGACUUCAAAAUUGAUUUAAAUGGCAAAAAGUUUGCUUGGCAAGGUGUUGCAUUGCUACCAUUUGUGGACGAAGAGCGGCUAUUUGAAGCCCUCAAACCAUAUUAUUCAAAGUUAUCACAGGCAGAAAUAAAGAGAAAUGUACGUGGUGAUGAUCGGUUAUACAUUAAUAAAGACAAUUCUGAUUAUGGUUUUAUACGAGGUCUUUAUCAUAAUAAGUUAGAUUCUGAUUCUGAAUACAAUAUUGUGAUGCAAGGGAUGAGUGGAAAAGUGCUUUUGGCUGAAGAUUGUGUCUCAGAAGGUGGCAUUUUGCCUUCACCCGUUCAGGGUCUAAAACCAUUAACUGAUAACACUCUUUAUGUUGUUAGAUAUAGAGAUCCAACUUAUGAAGAAGGGUACAUCUUUCCUGCACGAAGAUUGGAAGGGGCAAUCGAUCCUCCUCGCGUGCUUAAACCAUCUGAUCUCUCAGCAGCUGAAAGCAGGAAUUGGAGGCCCCAAAUUGGUAUGGCACCCUCACAAACACGUGCAUAUCUAGGACAAGCUGGUCAUAGAAUGAUAAAUCAUCAUGCACCUAGAGAUCAACCAAACUAUUCCAAUCCUCAUGCAGGUGGCAAUAGAGGUUAUAUAAAUAAUCAUUCAGGAAACAAUUACAACCAAUCUGGAAGGGGGCAUUAUAAUUCCUAUGCUGGAAGUUCUUCCGGAAGCCAUCAUCAAAACUAUGGUAAUCAAUAUAAUUCAGGUUACACAAAUCCAAGAAAUUAUGGAUAUAAUCAGGAUAGAGGCAAUAAUUACCAGAACAAUCGAAGACCAAACAAAAGACCAUCAGAUUCAGAUAGAGAUUAUAAACAAAAUGAUGGUACUAGAUAUCCCUACAAUAAAAUGCGCCGUACACAAUAAUAUUAUUGAGAAAAACAUUCUGAAAUGGGAUAUAUAUUGGAACUAAAUUUGAUUAUUUUAUUAUUGAUAUGAUGUAUGAUUUAUUUUAGCUAUAAUGAAUAGUGUUUAAUGCUUAUUCAUUCAGAUUUGACCCUAAAUAAUUGUUUA